GCCAGGGGGCCCCACCCCAGGUCCUCAGAUCCCAGCCUGCUGCUCUACCAGCUGCCACUCACAUCUCGCUAGCCUCAGUUUCCACACUGUGUCUGGGCCCUGAGGAGGAUUAAGUGACCUGACGUGCAACACUGCCCCAAAGCCGAGUGGCAGGUGGCGGAGGCUGAAGCUCUGGUCCACACUCUGGACGGCUGGUCGGUGGUGGAGAGGAUGGUGGUGCCCACCAAGACGCCAGACGGGAAGCUCAUCUUCAGCAGAGGGACCCUGCAGCACCUGACAGCACUCAUGCCCAGAGAGUUGGUGACCAGGGCACAGCCGUCCACAGGGUGGGCGGCCCAUGGGGGCCAGUGGGGAGUGCAUCUGACAGGACCUCUCUCCUCAGAGAAGAUUAGAGGGAUGCCGGGAGUCACAGCCGUCUUUUUGAACAUCGAGAGGAUGGCCGCGCCCACCAAGAAAGAGCUGGAGGCCACCUGGGGCAUCCAGGUGCUGGACCGCUUCACCGUGGCCCUGCACAUCUUCCGCUGCAACGCCCGCACGCGGGAGGCCCGGCUCCAGGUGGCUCUGGCCGAGCUGCCCCUGCUCAGGUCCAACCUGAAAAAUGUUACUGCCCACCUGGAGAGACGAGGAGGGGGCUCUCGCUACAUCAUGGGGUCAGGAGAGUCUUCCAUGCAGGUGCAGCAGCGUCUCUUGAGAGAGAAGGAAAUGAAGAUUCGGAAAGCCCUGGAGCGACUCAAGGGGAAAAGGCAGCUUGUGGGGCAGCAGCGCAGGCGGCGGGAGUUCCCAGUCAUCUCCAUGGUGGGGUACACGAAUUGCGGGAAAACCACACUGAUCAAGGCCCUGACGGGAGACCCUGCCAUCCAGCCCCGGGAUCAGCUGUUUGCAACACUGGACAUCACAGCCCACGCUGGGUCGCUGCCCUCCCGCAUGACUGUCCUGUACAUGGACACCAUCGGCUUCCUCUCCCAGCUGCCCCACGGCCUGAUCGAGUCCUUUUCUGCCACGCUGGAGGAUGUGGCCCAUUCGGAUGUGAUUGUCCAUGUGAGAGACGUGAGUCACCCUGAGACCGAGCUGCAGAAAGCCAGCGUCCUGUCCACGCUGCGAGGCCUGCGCCUGCCUGCGCCGCUGCUGGACUCCAUGGUGGAGGUGCACAACAAGGUGGACCGCGUGCCUGGGUACAGCCCCAAGGAACUGCAUGCGGUGGCCGUGUCUGCCCUCCUGGGGCUGGGGCUGGAAGAGCUGAGAGCCCAGCUGGAGGACGCUGUGCUGCAAGCGACUGGCAGGCGGAUCCUCGUGCUCCGAGUCCCGCUGGCAGGAGCGCAGCUGAGCUGGCUGCACACGGAGGCCACGGUGCAGGACGUGGCUGUGCUUCCCGAAGCGGGCGUGGCCGACGUCAGGGUCGUCAUCAGCCACUCUGCCUACGGCCGAUUCAGGAAGCUCUUCCCGGAGUGACAGGAGCCUAGGGCUGCAGCGCCCCUCCGCCCCACCCCUACCUUCACUCAGGACGUGGGCUCGGGGUCCAGCACGUCUCCCCCAGGAGGCUUUACCCGGAUACAGUAAAGGCUCCGCGGGUAUUUGCCAAGCUGCCUUCCUGGUCCUUCUGUGAGUGCCCGCUGGGAAGGAAGCAGGUGAGUCUCCCCUGCUGCUGUUCACCACGUGCAGCUGCCAGGCCCUGCUGCUUCCCACAGGGUGUUGUGGGGACAGAUGUCUCCCCCCCACCCCGGACGCCUCCCCCCAAGGGAGGGCUGAAAUAGUGUGACCUUGAAUGGCCAGAAACUGGAGUGCAGUGCAUCGCAGUCUGCCCGUGGGGACGGGCAGGCAGGAGACUCUCCUGUAUGCAGGUUGGCAGCCACCCCCACACACGUGUGUCCUUAUUGUUCCCCACCCCAUCCCCAGGGCAGGAAGCGGACCCCUGGGGCACAGGCUCUGAGUCACAGAGGCCCCAGGGCCUAACAGACACCCCUGAGACACAUGCUCCACGCGUGUGGACAGAGUGACACCCCCAACCCCGGGCGCACAGAAUGAGGUCCCCAAAGAAGUCCACGUCCUCACUCAAAUUCUGAGGGUGUGUGGCCUUUCUUAGCCAAGAGGACUUAGCGGGUGAGGCGAGGGUGACCCUGGACAACCUGAUUGGGCCCCCGGUCAUCACCGGGGUCCGAGUACAGGGGUAGGGGAAGGUGAGCACAGCGUGGAGGUAGGUCAGUAAACUGCGGCAGCUGCCCUGCUGGCUUGGGGGCUCCGGGAGCCAGAAGAGCUGGGAACGGUUUCUCCCUACAGCUCCGGGGAGCGAGCUGUGACUGCCUGUGAGCAUGUCAGGCUUCCCGCCUCGAGGUCCGACCCGUGUCAUGUGCGGCCACCCUUUGGCCCUGUGGCAGCUGCCCCCGACACUGACCCAUGGGGCCCUGGGGUGCAGGAUGCACAGGGCAGCCCCCGAGAGCCAGCUGCACGCCCUGACGGCCCUACCACCUCUCCCCGAGGCCUGGCAGCACUGUGUGGAGGGGCACAGGGUGGAGACGAGUGACGUGUCUGGCGGCAUGUAGGAAGGAGCAGCAGUAACCCCCCCAGAAGGGCUGACCAGGCCAGCCUGGGCCUCAGCGCCUGCCACUCAGUCUCCCCCUGGGGAUUCACGCCUGUGGGGUCUCCGAGCCACCAGGGGUCCAGUGGGUGAGAGGCACCUUGCUUGUCCUCGUCCCGAGCUCCUGAGAGCCACCAUCCGCUAGCCCACCCGGGGUGCCCACUGCUCCCCCCAGCCUAACCCCACCCUCUGCUGUCUGGAUAAGGCCUGCUCACUCCUGUCUGCUGCACCCCAAGCCCUCCCUGGCUGGAGACUAUGAGGGGCGGGGCUGGUUCUGGUCUUGGCCGCUCUCCUCCUGGGACACCCCGCUGCUUGGUGUCCCCUCCCCACCCCAGAGGCUCUCCCUGGGGACCCGGAAGGAGAGCUCAGGCCUGCAGGGUCUGAACACAGUAUGGGAGAUUAGUGAAGGGGGGCAGUUGGAGGUCCCAUCAUGCCUCAGAGGGAGGGGCUCAGGGCCCCAAAAGGUGAGGGUUCUGGGGGUCCCACAGAGAGGGUGGGGGACUUGGGGCCCACAGAGAAGGUGUUGGGCUUUCCCAGAGGGAGCAGGUAAAGCUGUCAGCACCAGGUCCUCCCUCUCUGAGAUGGGCUUCAUUACCCACCCCAACAGCCUCCUUCUGGGGUCCGUGGUUCCCAGAAAAGUCUGCACCCUGAGAACGAACCCAUGUGGGCAGGAGGGAGGCAGGUGUCAGGGCCGGGCAGAUGCCUGGUGUCCCCACCCUGUGUCUGACGCAGGAAGGUGCCCUGGGCCACCGCUGAGCAGCAGCCCCCUGAGCAGACAUGCAGCACCACUGACUCCUGCCACACGGACUUCCGCACUGGCCACGGCUGUGGAGAUGGGACAGGAUUGCGCCUGCCCCUCCCACGCGCUGUAGGCGCUAAGGCGUUGUGAAGUCACCCUCCUGGGAAGACCCUUCCCAGAGAAUGUCACCCUUCGUACAAGUCUAGGAAACUCAUCUUCUCAAUUAAAUAACUAAUCUUUGGUUAAA